UGGCGAGCUACGCGAGCGCGGCGAUGCGAGACCGCAACCCGGACGACGCCGAGGAGGAGAGGCUGCAGAUCAUCGAGGAGGUGGACGCAGAGGAGGAGAAAGACGAGGUGGAGGCGGCGGCGGAAGAUGACGUGACGAACUUAGAGGGGACCGGCGGCAAUCCCGGCGUCAAUCCCGGCGUGGACAAGACUGCCGAGGCGCUGGGCAGUGCGCAGGACGGGACGUUGGCGGAGUGCGAUGUGCCGGGCAGUGGGGCCACUCGCCGUGGUGGUGGUGGCGUGGCGAGCUACGCGAGCGCGGCGAUGCGAGACCGCAACCCGGACGACGCCGAGGAGGAGAGGCUGCAGAUCAUCGAGGAGGUGGACGCAGAGGAGGAGAAAGACGAGGUGGAGGCGGCGGCGGCGGCGGAAGAUGACGUGACGAACUUAGAGGGGACCGGCGGCAAUCCCGGCGUCAAUCCCGGCGUGGACAAGACUGCCGAGGCGCUGGGCAGUGCGCAGGACGGGACGUUGGCGGAGUGCGAUGUGCCGGGCAGCCCGAGGACUCACGGCUCAUUUGCCGCGCCGUUGCCGCCACCGCCGCCGCCGCCGCUGCCGCUGGCGUGCCCUCACUGCGGCCGCGGCUACAAGCGUCGGGGCUCGCUGUGGAAGCACGUUCGCCGCCGGCACGAGGGGGCCCUCGCGGAUCUCCACAAAUCACCGCGACCUCCCCGGGCGGGCCAGAAGGGUCAGCCUCCCGCUGCCGCGAGCCACAAGUGCGCAGUGUGUGGGAGAGACUUCAAGAGCAAACACCACCUCAAGGAACACUUCCGCAUCCACAGCGGGGAGAAGCCGUACGGGUGCCCAAUUUGCAAGAAGCGCUUCUCCCACUCGGGCUCGUACAGCUCGCACAAGAGAGCCAACAAGUGCGUGGGCUCCGUCACGGCGGACGGCGCGGCGCGGGCGGCGACAUCUCCAGUUGCCGCUGCCUCGACGGCUGACGCCGGCAAGAUGGAAGGGGCCAUCGCCACGUCUCCCAAAUCCACCCAGAGCUCAGGUCACGACUACAACGAGGACGACUGUGGCGCUCGUUCCGAGGACUUCCUGCGGAUCAGCGGACCGGAGGCCACGGGUCGUCCCGCCGGCAAGAUCAAGACCGAAGAGCCGGAUCUGUACGAGCGUUCUUCUCACGUGGAAGGGGCGGCUCGCCACGCCGGCCGCUAUCGCCACGAACCGUUUCCGAGCGCGGUACCUCUGCGCCAACACGAGCGCUACCUCUGCAAGGUGAACGACGAGAUCGACGCGUCGCCUCAACCGUCAGCGCCGCAACCUCCGUCUCCGGCUCAACGAAAGAAGUCGAAAUUGUCGGCCGGAAAGGGGUUGAAAGGGAGCCGCGCUACGGGACUCGGAGACCAGUCGGCUUCCCUGAAGUCGUACUGCCUUGCCGGAAGUGUCGAGGCGAGUCCCGAGGAGUCGAUGAAGAUGUCGUUGGCCAUGAACCUCCCCAGAGACGUUUUCUCCAAGUGGCUGGAGGAGAAAUUCAACGCGGCGGGCAGAGCGCCGGAGCACCGUGCGUCCGGCUCUCCCUCCCGCGAGCUCGGCCCGUCACCGGCACCGGCUGGGCACGCCGGCCACGGCACGGAGGGAAGUCCGGCUCGGCACCCGCCGGGCUCGCCGACGGGCGCCCGGUCCGACUCGGCGGCGGCAGGUCAGCCCGGCAGCGUGGCGGACGGUCCUCGCCGCGGUCGAGACCAGGCCCGGCCGCUCGACUUGUCGCUGCCAAAGUUGAGCACGGCGAGGCUCGGAGAGACGCGCUUUGUCGAUGUCCACGAUUCGAGCGGCGUUGAGCGCCAAGAGGAGCCCUUGGACUUGACUUGCGCGAAGAGAUCGCACGGCGAGCUGGACUCGAGUGCUUCUCGCGCGACCGACGGCUCGUCGAACGACAACGGCGUUGACCGUUUACACGAGAACAAGCCGACAAUGAACACGGUCACUUCCAGCUACGGCAACGGUCCCGUGCUCGCGGCCUUUCCGCUGCCCGGUUUGAUUGCGGCCCUCCACAUGGGUGACCCCGGCCUGAGGCCCUACACGGGCCUGGACCAAGCAGCCUUGCUGUCCCACGUGUCACCGUACAGAGGCCUUGUGGACGCGGCUGCUCUCGCCGACUUCCACGACAAGAUGCGCCACUUUGCACAGGGAGAGUCUCCUGAGCGGGGAGAGGGAGUCCCCGUGGGCUCGGUCGCGGUGACAGACUCGGGAGGUCCCGCGCGCAAGCGGCAGAGGAGGGGGGAGCGCGUGCCCGGAGGCUCGUUCGCCCGCGACCUGUCCGACGAAACCUUCCAGGAGAGCGGCCCGUUGUUGCCGCGGCACAAGUACGAGCGCGCAGGCAGGCGUCCCCACCGCUGCGAGGUGUGCAGCAAGGCGUUCAAGCACAAGCAGCACCUGAUCGAGCACUCGCGGCUGCACUCGGGCGAGAAGCCGUACCGCUGCGGGCGCUGCGGCCGGCGCUUCUCGCACUCGGGCGGCUACUCGCAGCACGUGCACCGCCGCUACUUGUGCUGCGGCGACCCCGGGCAGCCGGGCGCGCCGGGAGCGGAUUUGGGGGCGCCGGGAGCGACGGAAGAGCUCAACGAGGGGGAUGAUGACGGAUGCGGGGCGGAGUGGGUGGAUGAGCGGGGGG